AAGAAUCUUCUGUGAAUUUCAGUGCAUAAUUCCGUGCGAAUCGUUUUCCGAGUAUGACCGGAGAUGUGCGGAAUAUCCGGUCGCAUUAUUACCGGAAAGUCGGUUUCAACAUCGUUGAUGAGAAGAAGACCUUGGAGUCUUUGCUCAAGGAAAGUUGCAUUGAUCUCGAAAACUUGAAACAAUAUUGUGCCAGAUUUUUGCUGACUGCAGACCGUCGAUUGUUGGUCUGGAAAAUUGUGUUGGGAGUUCUUCCGAAAUUUGCAUCGAGUCACGAUUUUGUCGCGCAACAAAGAAGGGAACAGUAUGAAGAUUUGUUUCGAUCCGUGGAUGUUCUGAAAGCAGUUCCCAGAGGCGGGCAUCUAUCCCGGAAGUUCGUGCUCAUGUGGGCUAUUGAAACACGGAAGUGGGAACCGGAAACUAAUCGCUGGCUGUCUGAGAAACCGGCGCAAUGCAUGGAAACGUUGUCAAAGGCUCUGCUUUCCAUGUUUCCUGGAAACGAAAGUGAUUGUUACUGGCUGGCGAAGAGCAUAGUAUCGACUAGAAUUCUCAGGAUGGAGAAGCAAUUGACAUUGAUGACUGAAAACUUUUGGUCUGUUUUGGAACGAGAAGAUGGAGAAUUGCACGCUCAUAUUGUUGGUCGAAAGGCGCAAGAAUCCGUUCCCAUCGAAUCUUGGUUUUUGACAUUAUUUGCCGUUGUUUUGCAUCACGAAGCUCUGCUCAAGGUUUGGGAUCGUGUCGUCGGAGGCCAGGAUAAGACGGUGGUGAACAUAGCGAUUGCUGUUGUGGUCCACUCCAGAGCUGCACUUCUGUCACAAAAUAACAUCCCUAUGAUGCGAGAAAAUUUGCUGAAGUGUGUGACAGAAACAUUGCUUGAUUCGGAAGAUGCGUCCAUUCAAGUUGUGGACGAAGCUUUUGGAAUAGGAGACCACGGUGCUUGA